AUGACUGUCAGGAAGAUUGUUCUUGCUGGUGCAUCUGGCAAUCUUGGCGCCUGUUUUCUUCGAAACCUUCUCGAGUCCGCCGAUCACGUCUUCCAGCCUUCAGUUGUCUCAGUUGAUUACGAUGACCAUCCAGCUUUGGUGCAAAGCCUCAAGGGUCACGAUGUUGUUAUUGCUGCUAUAGCUGGGGGUAUUGCCAUGCAAAUUGAUCCCUUACUUUUGUCAGCGGCUCAAGAGGCCGCUGUAAGACGGAUUAUCCCCUCUCAGUACACACUGGACAUGCUACAUCCAGCGGCGCAGGCACUUUUUCAAGAUGAUUGGCCCGACGCCUACCUAGUCGUGCUUGCACAACGAUACAAAAUGCUCGCAGAGGCUGGAGGCCCUACCAUCUACACGGGCAUCCUAACAAGCAUGUUUCUUGGUUCACAAUGCAAGACGAACUAA